UGGAAUGUUUUUUUCUUCUUCUUCCACAAACGCAAAUUUGUAUUGUGUUUGUGAAGCAUUUUGCCUUGCAAUUAAUUCAAACAGGACCAGGAGAUCUGCCUGACACCAGUUACCAAAGCGGCACAAUUGGAUACAUUAUCCUGUUUGGCAGUCUCUUCUCUUCAGCUUUAAUCAUGGAUAAUCCAGACCACCUCCAACUCUGCAACAGUGCAAUGUCUCCAGCGGUUUCUCACGCAGUGCUUCUGAAGGCUGUCUGAGUUCUGGACAAAGGAUAGUGAGAGAGCGAAGACUUACGUUGAGGAUACCCUGGUACAGGAAGUCAGCGCUGCAUUUUCUGCUGGCGACAGUUACAUCAUCGAUGAGAUCCAAAAGAGUGUCUCCAUCAUGAGGCUAGUGUGGAAGUCCCUGGACAAGAUGAGGUGUUUCCGUAAACGCUCCACCAUCCCCUUCCUGGGAGUCCUGAUCACCUCUCUGCUCUUCCUCAACCUAUACAUUGAAGAUGGAUAUGUCCUGGAAGAGGAUAAAAGACAACUGAGAGAAACAUCAAUACAUCCUCCUAACUCUGAGAGAUAUGUUCACACCUUUAGAGAUCUCACAAAUUUCUCUGGAACCAUAAACGUCACAUACCGUUACCUUGCUGGGAAUCCACAGCCACGAAAGAAAUAUCUAACCAUUGGGUUGUCUUCUGUCAAAAGAAAAAGAGGGAAUUACCUCAUGGAGACUAUUAAAUCAAUUUUUGACCAGUCCAGUUAUGAGGAGUUGAAAGAGAUUGUGGUCGUGGUCCAUCUGGCCGAAUUUGAUCUGGCCUGGUGUGAAAACCUGGUGCAGGACAUCUCCAGGAAAUUUGCCCACCACAUCAUCGCUGGGCGUCUCCUUGUGAUUCAUGCCCCUGAGGAAUAUUACCCAUCACUGGAUGGGCUAAAAAGGAACUACAAUGACCCAGAAGACAGGGUGCGCUUCCGCUCCAAGCAGAACGUGGACUACGCUUUCUUGCUCAACUUCUGCACUAAUCUCUCUGAUUUCUACAUGAUGCUGGAGGACGACGUGCGAUGUUCCCGGAAUUUUCUGACAUCCUUGAAGAAGGUGGUCACCUCCAGGCAAGGUUCCUACUGGGUGAUGCUGGAGUUUUCCAAGCUUGGCUACAUAGGGAAGCUUUACCACUCAAGAGAUCUGCCACGCCUGGCCCACUUUCUGCUCAUGUUCUACCAGGAGAUGCCCUGCGAUUGGCUCCUCAUUCAUUUCCGGGGCCUGCUGGCCCAGAAGGAUGUGAUCCGCUUCAAGCCCUCCCUGUUCCAGCACAUGGGCUACUACUCCUCAUACAAGGGGGCAGAAAACAAGUUGAAGGAUGAUGACUUUGAAGAGGACUCCAUUGACAUCCCUGACAACCCCCCUGCCAGCCUUCACACAAACAUUAAUGUAUUUGAAAACUAUGAUGCCACCAAGGCUUAUAGCAGUGUGGACGAAUACUUUUGGGGGAAACCCCCUUCUACCGGAGACUUCUUUGUAAUAGUUUUUAACAAAUCGACUAAAAUUAGCAAAAUAAAAAUUGUGACAGGAACAGAUGAUCGUCAGAAUGAUAUCUUACACCAUGGAGCUCUAGAAGUUGGUGAGAAGCUGGUGGGAACAAAGAGGGGAAGGCAGUGUUCUUCCUACAUCACAUUAGGGGAGUUUAAAAAUGGCAACAUUGAGGUCCAAGACAUAGACCACAAGAUUGCUUUUGACAUUGAGUGUGUACGUAUCGUGGUGACUGCCAGUCAGAAAGAAUGGCUGAUCAUUAGGAGUAUAAGUUUGUGGACUACACAACCGUCCAGUCAAUGAGAACUAUUAAAAACUGUCAUGAUACCAUGUAGGCAACAGUUGGUUUACUAAUUAAUUUCAUAUUGUAUUUAUUUAUUCAUUUACUUAUGUGAUAAUCUGUUUACACAUGUAUUUAUUUCAUUUUGUAUUAUUUGUAUUUAUUUAUAUUUUUGAUCCAAAAUAUGAACUUUUUAUAACAGAAAGUAUAUUUAAAGCAAUUUACAGUUAGGGAAUUCAUCAAAAUGUUCUUAAGGUUUGUCUGACUGGCCUUGUGUAUGUGACCUGUGUUUAAGGAUGUGAGUUUGUAGAUCUCUUGGCUACUUCCUCUCAUGUGGUUCAUUUAUUUUUCUGUCCAUUUCUCUUUCCACAUCCAAACGAAUCCUUGGGCCCUCUGAUUUUCAGUAGUGUUGCUUUACAAAUGGAACCCCUGCAGGCAAGCUGAGCCCUGGGAACAUGGCAUUGCUCCAAAUGGCCUUGGUAUCAUUAAAUAUCCCCAUUCAGUCAUUUCAUACUUAUCUUCAUCCAGUACAUGGGACCAUACAAGCAUUAUUAUGGUAAUUAUUUCUGCACAUAUAUCAGUGGUGUCAGGGCUUGACUUGAGUUAGGCCUCCAUUAAUCCCUCCUAUCAAAGCGUCCGUUGCGUUGCAGCAUUGUGAGCUGUGCUAUUUCCCCGGCAUUGUAUGUUCCAUCAUAGCCACUGACGAAAGAACAAUGUUUGUUUUCACCCAUCUUCUCUAAAAGCUCAGAUUGGAUUGCACAGUGAAGAAUGGAGUGGACCUGACCUUUCCCUAUCUUUCACCACAGCACAAUUUUGCCCCAGCAAAUUGGUCUGUGUUUGGCACUCGCUCUGCUCUCUAUACCAGCAAACAACAGUCCGCUUGGAGCUAGCGUCGCAAGUCAAUUCACCCUCUUUUUCUCCGAUGUUGUCCUUACAGGCGCUAAUGUAUCUUGCCUUCAAAAUGUUCUGCAAUAUGGGAACCAAGAAAUGUGAGUCUGUGUAGUACCCAUAGGUCAUGGUUUAUUAUGUCCUAUGAUUUGAUACAGUACAUACAAAUUGAUCUACAGCUACUUUAUUUUAGUACCUCUGGCAAGAAAGCCACUGGCUGUAAAACUUACAUUAAUAUCAAUUAACAAAAUAUGAAUGAUAAUUGUUAGGAUAAUUACAGACAUAUAGUCAAUUAUUCAAAAAUAAUGAAACAUUUUUAUUUGCUUUGAAAAGUGACCUUGUCAUCUCUAUUUUCACACAGUGUUGUUCUGGUAGAAAGUGGAACGAGGCCUCGGUCACAAAACUCUCUUUAAAAACAACAGCAUCCACACCUUCAACAGAUCGUUACGGUACACACUAAAAUUAAGAGAGGAAUGUUUGCAUACAUUAUACCAAUAUUAUGAUGAAACAAUAAAGGUGGACUUGGAGUUGAAGGCUUGCUUCAGAAACCUACAGUGUUUUUUUAAAUUUCAGUGGUGUUUUAACACUUACUAUGCUAUACCUACUGUUCGAUGCUGUUUUACCAUAACGUCUUGUUCAGUCACAGAUCAAGGGUUUUUCCUCAGCUAUGAUUCUAAUCUAUUCAUUUCAAGCUUAUUUGUGCCAAAUCACCUCCAAUAACAUCAUUUUCAUUAUGAUCAAAAGUUUUACUACAUGAAAACCCAACCUCUUACCUAUUAAGCUCUUAUGAAGUCCCCCUGAGACUUUUGGUAAAAAUAAAGUCAGUUUGUAAGGAAAUGUAGUGUUUCAUUCAAACACGCCAUAGAAAUGUUGAUUACAAUACUCAUUCUGUUCCCACACACUUCUAGUUCUGAACAGUACAAGAAUACUUGUGAGAUGGGUCGCUCGGUAUUAGUUGAAGGAUUUUUAUACAAUAGCUAUGACCAGUUUGUGGGUUCAUUUGACCACUGGAAAAAAACACAUAAAUGGUAGUGCUUUACUUUGAAUAAAGAUAUGUGAAACUGUAACUGUUUUGUUCUGAACAAAGAAAUGGUAAGUCUCAAUGCCAAUUAAUCAGGUAAAUGUACUUACUACAUUUAUCAGUAGGGCGAAAGGCAAUGACACGUCAUCUCAAGUUAGAUGUAUCUUUGCUUUUCCUGGAAUCAUAUCGCAGGCAUAGAGAUUCUGAUUACAAGAUCCCCAAUUUAAAACUCAGGAGGUUUAACAUGGGCUUUUCUUUGGGGGAAAUUGCUGUCCACAAUGAAGAAACACUUGCGUCAAAACAAGAUGUACGCUGCAAAUGUAUUGACACAUUCAAAUCUUUGGGGAAAACAGAAAUCUGAAACAUUUUCCCAGCUCAGUGUCAGCAAACUGAUUGGAAACUUUUUUCACCUUUUGCAUCUUGUCUCUGUAAAAAUAAUUUCGAGUGAACUCCAAGUGCAUUUUAUGGUAAGAAAUGUUCAAGAUAAUUAAACAGUUACAGUGCCUUUGAAAAAUUUUCAGACCACUUCACUUUCUCCACAUUUUGUUGGAUUAUAGAUUUCAUUUGUAACUGAUUAAAUAUAUUAUUUACCAUUAGUCUACACCUCACAAUGACAAUUUAUUGGGGGGAGGGGGGGGUGUUGUGAGAAUUUAUUAAAAACCAAAAAUGUAAAAAUCAUGUACAAAGUAUUCAGACACUUUUUUCAGUACUUUGUAGGAGCCCCUUUGACAGCAAUCACAGCUUUGAGUCAUCUUGGGUAUUCAUCAACCAGCUUUGAGUCUUUUUGGGUAUGCAUCAACCAGCUUUGAGUCUUUUUGAGUAUGCAUCAACCUGCUUUGAGUCUUUUUGGGUAUGCAUCAACCAGUUUUGAGUCUUUUUGGGUAUGCAUCAACCAGCGUUGAGUCUUUUUGGGUAUGCAUCAACCAGCGUUGAGUAUUCUUGGUAUGCAUCAACCAGCGUUGAGUCUUUUUGGGUAUGCAUCAACCAGUGUUGAGUCUUUUUGGGUAUGCAUCAACCAGUGUUGAGUAUUCUUGGGUAUGCAUCAACCAGCGUUGAGUAUACUUGGGUAUGCAUCAACCAGCGUUGAGUAUUCUUGGGUAUGCAUCAACCAGCGUUGAGUAUUCUUGGGUAUGCAUCAACCAGCUUUGCGCAUCCUUCCAUUAGUCUUGACUAGUCUCCCAGUAUCUGCUGCUGAGUAGCAUUCUGCUCCCACCACCAUUUAUUUUGCCAGACAUAGCGCUUGGCAUUCAGGCCAGAUACUUUCAUUUGAACUUAUUAGCCCAGAUUAUCUGUGCCUUUUUCUAAAUAGGAUUUGCCUCAGGUAGACCCUUGUUAAGUUCGAGGACACAGGAUGCAUCUGGGCUCAAUUUGUAGUGAAUCAUCUGAAUAAUUAUGUACGUGAGAUAUUUCAGUUUUUCAUUUAAUUGGCAAAACAAUUGAAAAACUUGUUUUCGCAUUGUCGUUAUGAGGUAUUGUGAGUAGAUUGUUGGCAAAAUGUAUGUUUAAUCAAUUAUAAAUUAAGUCUAUUAAACAAAAAAAUGUGGAGGAACUGAAAGAUUUUGAAUAAUU